GGCUGCAGAGCAGGGCUCUAGGGCUGUUUUCACUUUCGCUGCAGCUCGCAGGGUGAGAGGCUUGGUACUGCUCUGCCCUGCCCCAGCCCUUCCUUGGCACCCGGAUCGCUUGGAAAAGGAAGGGUUUAAAAAACAGUUCCGAUUCAAAGAGCAACAGUCAGUAGAAGGACUCCUUUUUCCUUCAAGGAAGAUUGGAGGAGCACCCCCCCUGAGGCUCAUUUUUCAAGGGACCUGCUAAACCAGGAAGAUGCGUGAGUACACUGAGAAGAAGGAGACAUGUGGGACCAUCUGUCUCAAGUAUUUGCUCUUCAUCUUCAACUUCUUCUUCUGGCUGGCAGGCGGUGCCGUGAUGGCAGUGGGAAUCUGGACCCUGGCAGAAAAGAGUGACUACAUCAGCCUGCUGUCCUCCAACACGUACAUGGCCACCGCCUACAUCCUGGUAGUGGCUGGAGUUGUUGUCAUGGUUACUGGUAUCCUUGGUUGCUGUGCCACCUUCAAAGAGCGGCGAAACUUGCUGAGAGUGUACUUCAUAUUGCUGCUGUGCAUUUUCUUGCUGGAGAUCAUUGCUGGAAUCCUGGCUUAUAUCUACUACCAGCAGUUGAGUAUGGAGUUGAAGCAAAACCUGAAGGACACCAUGACCCAGAAGUACCGGAAGGAAGAAGAGGAGAGUGUGACCAGCGCAGUGGACAAACUGCAGCAGGAGUUCAAGUGCUGUGGAAGCAAUAACUAUACAGACUGGAGUGACAGUCUCUGGAUCAAAUCUGCAGAAUCCGGUGGGCGGAAAGUCCCUGACAGCUGCUGUAAGACAAUAACAGAUGCAUGUGGCAAGAGAGACCAUCCUUCCAAUAUCUACAAGGAGAAUGGCUGCAUCACUAAGUUGGAAAACUUCAUCCAGGAACACCUGAAAAUUAUCGGGGCCGUGGGGAUUGGCAUCGCUUGUGUACAGAUCUUCGGGAUGAUCUUCACUUGCUGCUUGUAUAAGAGUUUAAAGUCGGAACCAUACUAGGAGCACACAGGAAUCCAUCAAUUCCCCCCUGCUGCCACCUUCAGCGCCUGCCAGAUCCACCACCCCCACUUAGCAACACAGACACUUCCACAGCCUAAGGACUUGGGCUCUGAACCAAGUCCCUUGGAUCCCAACAGCUGUAGAAGCUCUUCUUGCUCAAGUUCAAAGGUAUUAGAGUGCCACCAAAGAACAGUGGUUUGCUCCCCCUGACAGACUACUGAUCAGUGCCACACACUGACUUUGGAGACAGAUGAUGUUUCUGUGCCAGGUGGGAAUUGGUGCCAAACCUCUUCACAUCCAGAUGAGCCCCCUUGGCACAUACUGAUGUCCUGCCACAGCCAUACACCAUCUAAGAAGGUAUCUGCUCUGGUCACUUGUGUCAGCAUCUCUCUCCAUCUUGCCAGUGAGAGCACGACCUGUCCCAGCUCAGAUUUUACCAUAAUUCUGACCUCACACGAGAUGCGGCUGAGGAUGGUUACACAACAACCUCUCCACUUCUGCCUCAAAGCCUCCAUGCCAUUCAGAGGCCAGUUGAGAAACAGAAGCCAUGUGCCUUCAGUGAUUCUGGACAUUUUUUCUUUUUCUGAUUUUCUGCCAUUUAUUUUUAAUUAAUGGUUUCCAGUGUAAAUAGGGGGAAAAAUUAAUUUGUCUCCUGCUUGGUCUCCCUCUGACAGGUUCAAAGAUGGGUUUGGAAGAAUUAGUCUGUGCAGGGAACCUGCUGCAUUUGGGUAUUUAAAGCCUAAGCCUUUUCAUUUGCCAGGAUUUUUUUUGAACCUGGAAAACUCCCAAGAUAAAAUCUCUUAUCAGGUGAAAUAUGUACCAGCUUGAGGGACUAAUUCCUGCCCAAGGAGACCAGCUUGGAGGCUGCUAAGGAAAUUCAUUAAGGUUUUUAUAUUGGCCUCCUGGGAUCUCAUUAAUCAGCUAGACAUUAUCUGGCUUUAAUGAAACCUGGAACCCUGCUUUCACAUUCUUCUCACCUAAUAACUGGUAGGCUCAGCUUCACCUAAUUGCAAAAUAUACUCUGUAAAUUGUCAGUGCUAGGUGAUGCAAGUUAACUGUCUGGUUACUGCAGGACAACAGUAUGAUUACAUGAUGAUAAUUCUGCUGGAAUCCAUGAUACUUAUAUGACCACAGAUGUUGUUAUUACCAUGCUCUUUCCCAGUAGCCCUGGAUUGUGAUGCCAGCUAGGAGCUAGCUUGAUUCCUAGGUUCCUUUGAAGUGCAGUGCCCCACCCAUGCUACAGUGGCAUGGACCUGGCAUGUGGGCACCUGGUAGAUGUUAUGUAUAUAGGUUGACACACCUACAAAAUGUAUAUAGUGACAUUAGAGAAGCUUGGAUGAACGUUUGGCCCCCAAAGGCACAAAAUGCCCAUGAGGUCUAAAGUGAAUGUAAACUAAGUGAGGAUGAGGUGGGGGGGUUUUCGUAAAAAUAUGAUAUAAUAUGCUCAAACUUAGGCAUAAGAGAAGAGUUUCAGGAAGUUACUACCGAGAUGAAUUCUUAUGGCUUGUGUUGUGCAAGAGGUCAGAGCAGAUGAAUCAUAAUGGUCCCCUCUGACCAAGAAAACUGCAUCCUUGUAGAUGCAAAAAGAAGAAGGAUCAGAAGAGAAGUGUUCAUUCCUGAAGUGUCCCAGGCUUAAGGAAGUCAGUGAGUGCAAUCUGAAAGGUUGGUCCAGGUCACCAGGAUGCUCAACAGCAGAAUAGACUGCAUGUUCAGAGGUGUGUGAUGGUGAGGGCAGAAGGGGUGUACUCUCCCAGCUUACCUUGGGGCAAGACCCUGAAGGAUGGGGGUUUUCUGGGGAGAUGGGGGUGUGUGUGUGUGUGUGUGUGUGUGUGUGUGUGUGUGGUAAGAAGGGAUAGGGCAGGGGGGCUUCAUAGAAAGGCCUGCCCUAGCCUCCUUUGUAGAAACUCAAGCUUGCCUUGGGCUUCUCUGGAUCUGUUCUUUUCUCUUUGGAAUCAUCCAAGUGCUGAAAGAUCAUGCUCCUUGUGCUCCCCUGAUGUUGCACUGCUGCUCUUUGCUGAACUGCUCUUCCCUUUUUCGCUGCUUUCCAUGAGAAGCACCACCAUUAAGACCUCCCCCCUACCAGAUGCACUGAACACUCAGCAUGCAUGGCAUUCAGUGGAUUUGUACCCUAUACCUUCCUGUGACCCGAUUAAUUUCUCUUCUUUGCACUGUCACUCUGGCACUGAAGGGAAGAAAUCAGAAACCACCAAGCUACUUAAUGUCUCUCUGAUGCUCAGCAGCAGCAAACCCCAUUACAUCCUGCUCUCUUCUGAAGUUGACUUGGUCCUGCAAGCUCCCGAGUGGACCAGUGCCUUAAGAUCAGGUAUUGCGAUGUGUAGUGGAGGGAAUCAUGCUGUGUUUCUUUGUCUUUGUUACUCCCAGGCUAAAAGUAUCCAGGGAAAUAAGAAAGGUGGGCCUGUGGGGAUAUUUGUUCUUGCAACAAGCUUGAGUGGAAGGGACAGAUGGGAAAUGUCAGUUCACUAUGUGGAAGAAGUAUGCUUAUCCUCAUUCUCAAAUAGUUGCAUUUUUUUCCUUGCGAGUAACUAAAAUGCAUGAGCCAUCCUGGGGUAAACUCACCAAGAUUUAACAACUAAGUGUGUAGAGGUAACCAAGGUGAGUUUACUUCAUGGUAAAACUGAAGUGCCUUCUUUUCAAUUUAGUUUUUUACUUUGGGUUGGCUGAGGUGUGUUAGUUAUCCUAAAGUAAAAAAUGCUGUUUUUUUUAUCAGUGAUGGUAAACCCUAUACAAACUGGGUGAUUCAUUCUUUUCUUUGACCUUUAGUUUUGGAUUUUGUUCUGACUCUUGCAGCCCAGCAGCCAGACAGUUAACGUUAUGGACUCUCCUGGUUUCCCACAGAGCAUGUCUCACUAUUGCAGAGGCUUUGAUCAAUCUAGCAGAAGCUGUGUGCUGGCUCCUGGUGUGAGGUUAAAAGGUGAUGAAGUUAAUAAAAUUCAAGGCAGGUGAAAUUGAAAAUCUCCAAUGCAGCAAUACUCUGAAAUAGUCCUAGAUACUAAUGCAAGCAAAAGGUGGAGGGCUGGGGGGGGGGGACUUCUUUUUUUUUUUACCCUGGGAAGGUAAAAAGGUGAGGAAAAAAUCUAAAUUAUUACAGAAUUCUGUAGAAGAUAAAUCUCUAAGUUAUUUCUCAGUUUUUACUUCAGUUCCUGGGAUUUUGCCUACUAACUAAAAGGAAAAUAUUGAACACAUUGCUUGAAGCAAUAUUUCUAAUUACUUACGUGUAUAUUGCUAGUUGUCUGUACCUGCUCACUAAAAACCUGUUGUAUAAAGUGGGGAGGGGGUGGGGGGGAAGGGUAGUAAGAGUGGGCUUGGAUCAGUCAGCUGGCCUUUGUCUGAGGAGCUGUUUUUUUUUCCUCCAUGUCAUGCUCAUGUUUUGUAACCAUGGCCAAUAAGCUAAACAAAUUAGAGUUUUUCCUUCUCUUGUAUAGUAAUACCAAAGAAACAACCAGUGCAGUAGUGGGUUGUUAGAAUUGCAAGGGCUGCAGCCUAUGGUCCAGCAGAAGUUGGAUCCACUAGAGGCUCUGAAUGUAGGGGCCAUGAUCCCCACAGCAUCCUCAAUAUGGGUCAGGGCAUCACAACAACCAUGUCCAUCCCAUGUUGCUAUGUGGAAGUAAGGUUUCAAGAUGAAUGAGGUUGAGAACUAUUGAUCCAAAGAGCCGGAUUUUCAGAGAUGCUGAGCAACUUCCAUUAGUAGUGUUAUUGCUCUGCACACCUGGAUGUCAGCCCCCACAAGGUGCUGAGAGCUUUUAAAUCCUGCCUUACAUCAGUUGAAGUUGAGGGUGCUCAGCAUCUUCUGUUCCCAGGCAAGAGGUCAGUGCUCUUAGAAGUCACUGGAAAAAUGCUUGUUGACUUCACCUGCUUUUGCCUCAGGUCCAAAGUGAGGCAUUUGUCUCUGGGUAUAUUGGCCUGAGUGUGCAGUGUGUAACAUAUAUGCUGUAAAUAAUGAGGGCUGAAUAAACAGUGGGCUCGGGCCAGGCAAAAUUUGGAUCUGACUGGUUCAUUAAAUCUGAAAAGCCGACUUGGGGGAAUGGGGUGGGAAGAGUUGUCUCCUGGCACUGUUUAGCCAGCCUGAUAGCAGCCACAUUUGGAGCAUCUGCAUCUCUUACUGCACCCAGUGAAAACUGAGGCCACCACAUUUUCUGGUCCCUGGCUGUAAGCGAGAGCAUGCUGUUAACACACAUACAGGUACAGUGAGCCACAAAGGCACAUGGCCCAAGAUACAUGCAUGUAUUUUUCAGCACAAUUGUGAUAAAGGCCCUGCUGUUUGUCACAGGCGUUAAGAGUGACAGCUGAGACCAGCAAACACAGCUCCCACGGGUUCUGCCAUUGGGUGGCUGCUGCUCAGCCCAGUGUAGCAGAGCUGCUACCUGUGGUUUACCGGGGGGGCUCUGAGUCUCAGGAGGAAGAACCGGUUGGAUGUGCCUGGGCAGUGGGUAGUGGGCUCUGCUAUCCUGUGCGACUGCCUGUUGGCACCUGGUACCCACUCGCACACUAAACGUAACUAAAGACUCAUGCCCACCUCCACAGAACGGUGGUACUCGCUAGCUACUGCAGGUCAGUAGAAUGCGGCGCCACUUUAGUGCCAUAUGAUGAACCCUGCUUCUGCCUUGUCUUGUGCUGCAAUAAGUAAUUCCCACAGCUGUGGCACAGGGUGCAUGCAUUCACUUGGAUGUGUGCAUCCAGAGCGGAGGGGUAGAUGAGUUUGGCAGCUUCUAUGCAGUUGGGUGUCAAGCCUGCCCUGCCUUUGCCAUAGGACAUGUACCCUUGUAGAUGUGUGGGGAUGCUGCUCCAAUGGGCUGUAAUUAUAGUGCAUCAGAGCAGGCCUGAUUAAUUGAGUUGCCCCAUUGGCACGCUCCAGCCAGCCUCCAUGUCUUGUGUAGUUAGCAUCCCCACACUUCAGAAUGACAGUGGGGGUGUUUUAACUGAAGCACGUCAAAUAAACUUCAGUUAAAGCACCCCACCACCAUUUUCAAAUGCGGGAUACUGAGUACACAAGAUACUGCAGGUGCUUUAAUCAGAGCAGCUCUUGCAGCCGCUGUAAUUAAAGUGUCCCACCCCCGGAGCACGUGUAAAAACACCCUCAGGUGCCACCACUAUCAAUCCUCUGCUAACACGAUAAAGUGUCUACCUGCCAUUAACAUGUCUGACCGCGGGGUGGCACUCUGCAUCCCAUGUACAGCACAUUGACAAAGACUUGGAGCACCCCAGCAUUGAGCUAGCUGGGCCCAAGUGCAAACCAUGUUGGGUUAGGCUUCACCUGCAGUUGCUUUGCCAAACCCAAGGAGAGCAUGUUGCAAGUAACUCCUGAAGUGCCCAAGUGGGAAGGCCUCUGCUUGCUCCCUUUGAAGGAAAGACGUUCGCUGCAGCUCUAGGAAAAUGUCUGUUCUCAUGUGUUGUGCAACAGGGUCUGUUAAUAGAGAUUGAUCUGAGAUUUGGGCUGGGUUGGUUUGCAAUGAGGAGCGGGGCAGAUGUUUUCAUAUGCUCUGGCCCUGGGCCUUCAGGCAUGUAGAGUACAGAAGUCUGCUCAGACCACUCACUGAAAUAAAUAGAGUUCUUGGUUCAGCUUCA